AUGAAUCCCAACGUCUCUCAAUUAUCGCAGUCUGAGGCCUUGAAUGAGCCGCUGCGGAAAUUCCCAAUCUCAGCAUCGGUGCAAGAGGGGCUGCUCGAGGCACUAUGGGAGGCCUCGGGCCGUCAUGGCAGCAUGUCGCCUUACUUUAAAUAUUAUUCCAACCGUAUUCAGCGUCUGCGGCUCGAUGGCUGUGACGGAUUCUGUGCCGACUCCCACGCAGACAUUGCCUCGAUCGCCAGAAGAAUCCUGGAUGGGGCUUCCAGAGAUGAAAUAUUUGAGCAGGUCGCAGUUGCGGAAAAGUGUCCGUCUGCAUCUACCACGGCCGAUAUCAACCAUGGCAUAGACAUGUGCGCAAGCUUGCUUGUCAUGACGGAGAUUGAGCUCAACGGGGUUUCCGCUGGCCUAUCUGGAUUGACUGCUGUACCUUGGAAGAUUGGAUCGUUGAAUAAUGCGUUGGCAACUUAUUUCUGUCCGCAAAAGACGCUGCAAGCAGAUCGGCCUAAACUUGGCAAGGUAUUCACGGCUAGGAACCUGAAUCGCAUAGCGGGCAUUGAGAUUCGAUGGACAACAAACUUGGCGGACCAUCUGCGUCUUGUGGACGAUGACCAGGUUGUCUUUAUUUUCCACUGCGCGAGCUUUCUUCAGCUUCAAAAAAGUCUAGACAACAGCCCAUUUCCAGCAUCAUUUCUUCAAGAAACGUUGGACACCCUCGCUCUUCUCUUCCCAUCCUCGGAUAAUGAGACGGCGAGUUGGCUAAAAAGCAUCGCCAAGAUUGACCCGCGACUAUUGAAGUGCGGCUCUCUUCGUACCCGGGAGCGCAGACUGGAGAAUUUUGAUUAUUGGCAUGACCAGCUUGUCAUCUUGAAGCAGGCGUUUGACGAGUCCAGUCCCAGAAACAUUUCUCAAUGGUGGUUCGACAGAAGGAACGGCGUCCAAUGGUAUACGUUUUGGAUAGCGAUACUUGUUUUUGUGGUUACCAUCUUCUUCGGCAUCGUGCAAAGUGUCGAGGGUGCAUUGCAGGUCUAUCUGUCGUACAAGAGCAUGCAAUCAGGGUAG